AAUAGCUUUGGCUGCAACAACACACAGCACACUACUACACUAUAGUCUAUUCUAUAAUCUAUAAUCUAUAAUCUACUUCUACAGCUUUUAAUUUCAUCUCAACUGAACCAACCAAAACAUUAAUUAUCACCAUUUAAUUCUGUUUUCAAAAAGCAACCUCAAAUGUCAGUUUUAGCGUGCAUCACUUAACAACGUCGUAUAAUGCUUCUCACUACCACAAAUUGAAUGUUGUACUACAUACUUUCUCUUCAUCAAUUUUACACCUAAAUCAAUUAGGAAAAUGUAUCAAAACAAGGUUUUCAAACUUCAACGGUAAAGAAAAAAAUGAAAAAGAAAAGCAUUAAUAUAUAGAUAUAUAGAUAGAUAUACACAUGUUGGAUUUGGAAGUUGGAGCUUUUAGAGGUGUGAGUGGUGUGGUAUGAAUCUUUUAAAAAAAACAAAGAAACAGUGUAAUCAGAAAGUGAAGGAUAAAGAAAUAGAAAAAGUGAGGUGGAGUCAGAUUUGUGUCUCUGGUUUUAGAAUUGUUUAGUGUUUGUUACAUCUCUGUUGGCUAUGUUCCCUGAGCUGACUCGGUGCGCCCGGACUCCGUGGCCUUUGCCGUCGACCAAGGAAACAAUCUCUUGUUAGAGUCUCUUACCAUUUAAGAGAACCUUUGCUUAAACAAUUAGAUAUUCCUAAUCUAGACCAUUUAUCUUUCUCUCUCUCUCUCUGCCUUGUUUGCUGUCAAGAUUCGAUCGAUCAUACUCUUCGGUAUUUAACCUUGCAUCCCUUAGAAACUUUUCUUUUCUCCCUUAUAGCCAUUAAACUUGGUUAAACUUCAGUGUUAGCUGGUGUUGCUCUGCGGAGGUGAAACUAGUUUUUUGAGGCAUUAUCUUGGGAGAGUGAGAGGAAAGUAGAUCUUGUAUUGCGAAGAUGAAGUUUAUGAAGCUUGGUUCAAAGACAGAUACCUUUCAGACUGAUGCGAAUAACAAUGUUCGGUAUGUGGCAAGUGAUUUGGCAUCCGAUAUCGUUGUUAGCAUAGACGAUAUGAAGUUUCACUUACACAAGUAUCCUCUCAUAUCGAAGAGUUCUCACUUACAGAAGUUGAUUUCCCUCGGUAAUGAAGAAAACGUAGAUGAAAUUCAAAUUUCCGAUAUUCCUGGCGGUGCAAGUGCGUUUGAGAUAUGUGCUAAGUUUUGCUAUGGCAUGACUGUUACCCUCAAUGCUUACAAUGUGAUUGCUACUAGAUGUGCAGCUGAGUAUCUUGGAAUGCACGAAACCAUCGAGAAAGGAAACCUUCUUUACAAAAUCGAUGUUUUCCUUAGCUCUAGCAUUUUUCGUAGUUGGAAGGAUUCAAUCAUCCUUCUUCAGAGUACGAAAUCUAUGUUACCCUUGGAUGAGGGGCAAAAGGUCGUCAACCGUUGCAUUGAAUCUAUAGCGAAUAAGGCGUGUGUUGAUGUAUCCAAAGUUGACUGGUCUUACACGUAUAACCGAAAGAAGCUUCUGGAGGAAAAUGGAGUUGAGUCAAACCAGACUGGAGUCAGAACUCGAAACGUGCCAAAAGACUGGUGGGUUGAAGAUUUAUGCGAGCUUGAAGUUGACAUGUUCAAAUCUGUGAUAACAAAUAUCAAAACCAAGGAAAUUCAAUCUAAUGAUGUAAUUGGCGAAGCCUUGAAAGCUUAUGCUUACAGAAAGUUGCCAAAUUUCAGCAAGGGUAUGAUCCCGUGCGGGGAUGUCUCGAAGCAUCGUUUAAUUGUUGAAACUAUUGUGAAGUUGUUGCCUGCCGAGAAAGGAAGUGUUUCAUGCCGGUUCCUUGUGAAACUAUUGAAAGCUGCCAUUUUUGUAGAAUCAGAAGAUAGGAUUAAAGAAGAGCUAGUGAAGAGAAUUGGUCAGCAGCUGGAAGAGGCUUCGGCAACUGAUAUUUUGAUCCGAGCACCGGAUGGAGAGACUACAAUGUAUGAUGUCGGUAUAGUACAGAAAAUUGUAAGGGAGUUUUUGAUGAAAGAUUAUAAUUCGGAGAUUGAAUCAGUUGGAGGCGGUGAACUUGAAGGGAUUAGAAAGCCAGGAAUUUUAUCAGAUGCUUCUAAGUUGAUGGUUGCGAAACUCAUAGACGGAUACCUCGCUGAAAUCGCAAAGGAUCCUAAUUUACCACUGCCGGAUUUCAUUAAUCUUGCCGAGUUAGUUUCUGGCAUCGCUCGUCCGGCUCAUGACGGUCUUUACAGGGCUAUUGACACAUAUUUGAAGGAGCACCCUGGGAUCAACAAAGGCGAAAAGAAGAGUAUAUGCAAGCUGAUGGAUUGCAGAAAGCUAUCGGUUGACGCAUGCUUGCAUGCAGUGCAAAACGAGAGGCUACCAAUGCGUGUCGUUGUGCAGGUACUAUAUUUCGAGCAGGUUAGAACAUCCGCAUCAUCAGGCACCAGUACUCCCGACAUAACAACUAAAGGAAUCAAAGACCUGAGCAUUGGAUCCAACGGUAGCUCAAGGUCCGGAACAACUAAUCCCGAAGAUGACACGGACGCUGUGGCGACAGCCGAGGAACUGAAAGCCUUAAGAAAGGAACUCGCGUCGUUGAGACUAAGCAACGGAGUUGGAAACGGUUACAAAGACGGAGACGCUAAACCAAGCAUGGAUAAGGCUGUUAUCGGGAAGAUGAAAGGUUUGUUGAAGUCGAAAAAGUCUUUCAUUAAGCUAUGGGCAAGCAAAGGAGGACACGGCGAAAACAGUGGUUCGGAUUCAUCUGAGAGUAUUGGUUCUGCUAAUCCUGAAGAAGUUAAAUCCACACCAUCAAGAAAUAGGAGGCAUUCAGUUUCUUAAACAAUAAGUAGUUCUAGUUGCUGGUUCAUUUUCUUGGUUUUUCUUCUGCUCAUGUUUCUUUACUUUCUUUUGGUUAGUUUCUUUCAUGUCAAGACUCAAGAGAACCUCAAAUCUAGUGGUUUAACUCUUUCUAAAUUAAGUUAAAGUUAAGUACAUAUAGUUUAAAAUAGCAAAAUUGUGAAGAAUGCAAUUCAUGUAGUAAUCAUGACAUUUAUCUAAGUAGUAGCUAAAGGCUCUCUCUAGGUUUACUUACCAAUAGAUUAAUGAAAAAGUACUUAAGGGAUAUGAUAUAUGAGUUGUUUCCUCA